CCGUCACUGCCAAGAUGGCGCCGCUCGCGGCGGCCGCCGCGGCUGGAGCUGAGGAAGGAGGCGGAGGCAGCCGCGGCCGCGAGGGGAGGGGGAGUCCCGUCUGACUGAGACGGCAGGCCUGGGCGGGCGGGGGUGCCUCGCAGGGCGGAGCGCCGGGCUGGGGAUGAGCUAAGCGGGCUUAACGCCGAGGCAUUGAGCCCCUCGUGUCCCGCCGCCGCGCGUGAGGGGGAUCGGGCGCCGCUCUCCAAGCGCGACUCACUGGCCGCCCGGGAGCCAGCAGGGAGUAUAGUAUUUCCCAAACUGAGGCCUCCAGAAUUCACAAAUUGAGGUUGGCAUCAAUUGCAGAGAGAAAACUCCGGUAAUGUAGUGAGCCUCAGUAGCGAAUGCUUAAAUAUAUUGGCCUAAUGGAGUGAGAGAAGAAAUAAAAAGAAUCUUAAUUGAUUGGGGAGAUUGAAAGGGAGAAAAGUCAGUCUCCAUUAGUUGCUGAAUGGAUGUAGUCUGCUGUAAUGGAAGAUGAUUGAAGACAAAGGGCCUCGUGUUGCCGACUACUUUGUUGUGGCAGGGUUAACUGAUGUUUCAAAGCCUCUUGAAGAAGAAAUUCACUUCAAUGAUGCCUGUCAUAAAGUAGCUAAACCAAAAGAACCUAUCACAGAUGUUUCAGUUAUUAUUAAAUCUCUUGGGGAGGAAGUGCCACAGGAUUACAUGUGUAUUGAUGUCACCCCAACUGGAUUGUCAGCUGAUCUCAAUAAUGGAAGUCUUGUGGGGCCACAGAUUUACCUUUGCUAUAGAAGAGGAAGAGAUAAGCCUCCACUUACAGAUCUGGGGGUGUUAUAUGACUGGAAAGAAAGAUUGAAACAGGGCUGUGAAAUUAUUCAAAAUACUCCCUAUGGGCGCCCUGCAAAUAUUAGUGGCAGUACCUCAUCACAAAGAAUUUACAUCACUUACCGAAGAGCCUCUGAAAACAUGCCUCAAAAUGCACUGGCUGUCACAGACAUAUGUAUCAUAAUACCCAGUAAAGGAGAAAGUCCGCCGCAUACAUUCUGCAGAGUCGACAAGAAUCUCAAUAACAGCAUGUGGGGAUCAGCAGUGUACUUGUGUUAUAAGAAAUCGGUGGCAAAGACAAACACUGUGUCUUACAAAGCUGGUCUGAUUUGUAGAUAUCCUCAAGAAGAUUAUGAGUCCUUUUCAUUACCAGAGUCUGUUCCCCUAUUUUGUUUACCAAUGGGUGCAACAAUUGAAUGUUGGCCACCAAAUAGCAAGUACCCUCUUCCUGUAUUUUCUACCUUUGUGUUAACUGGAGCCUCAGCUGAAAAGGUCUAUGGUGCUGCUAUUCAGUUUUAUGAACCAUAUCCUGAGGAGAAUCUCACAGAAAAACAGAGACUUCUUUUAGGUUUAGCAUCAUUGGCAGAUGGGAAAUCUGAUAGUUCCAAAACAAUUCACACUAACAAAUGCAUCUGUCUUCUUUCUCAUUGGCCUUUUUUUGAUGCAUUCAGGAAGUUUCUGACUUUUCUGUACCGUUACUCCAUCUCUGGACCUCAUGUUCUUCCAAUUGAGAAGCAUAUUUCUCAUUUUAUGCAUAAAGUUCCUUUUCCAUCUCCUCAGAGACCACGGAUUUUAGUUCAGUUAUCACCACAUGAUAAUCUGAUUCUAAGUCAGCCCGUUUCAUCACCUCUUCCACUAAGUGGUGGCAAGUUUUCAACACUACUUCAGAAUCUAGGCCCUGAGAAUGCUGUAACACUACUGGUGUUUGCAGUAACAGAACAUAAAAUUCUCAUUCAUUCCUUACGACCUUCUGUGCUUACUAGUGUGACAGAAGCAUUAGUGUCUAUGAUUUUUCCUUUCCACUGGCCAUGCCCAUAUGUGCCUCUCUGCCCACUGGCUUUGGCAGAUGUCUUGAGUGCACCAUGUCCAUUCAUAGUAGGGAUUGAUUCAAGAUACUUUGAUCUCUAUGAUCCUCCACCAGAUGUCAGUUGUGUUGACCUGGAUACCAACACCAUUUCUCAAAAUGGUGACAAGAAAAAUGUGGCAUGGAAGAUACUUCCAAAGAAGCCUUGUAAAAACUUGAUGAACACACUAAAUAAUUUGCACCAGCAACUGGCAAAAUUGCAGCAGAGACCACGAGAUGAUGGACUGAUGGACUUAGCAAUGAAUGACUAUGAUUUUAAUUCUGGAAAGAGGUUGCACAUGAUAGAUUUGGAAAUUCAAGAGGCAUUUUUGUUUUUCAUGGCCUCUAUUUUAAAAGGCUAUAGAUCUUACUUAAGGCCAAUAACACAAGCCCCAUCUGAGACAGCCACAGAUGCAACUUCUCUUUUUGCCCUGCAGGCUUUUUUAAGAAGCCGGGAUCGGUCACAUCAAAAAUUCUACAAUAUGAUGACCAAAACACAAAUGUUUAUUCGCUUCAUUGAGGAAUGCUCUUUCGUCAGUGAUAAAGAUGCAAGCCUGGCAUUUUUUGAUGAUUGUGUAGAUAAAGUAGAUAUGGACAAGAGUGGUGAAGUACGACUUAUAGAACUGGAUGAAUCUUUCAAAAGUGAACAUACUGUUUUUGUAACACCACCUGAGAUCCCCUGUCUACCCAAUGGUGAAGAACCUCCUUUACAGUACAGCUAUAGUGGAUUUCCAGUUCUUAGGAACAAUUUAUUUGAGAGACCAGAAGGAUUUCUACAAACGCAAAAGAGCAAACUGCCUUCAAAAUCAAGUAGUCCUAGUAGCCCUUCUCCCAUGUUCAGAAGAACAAAACAGGAAAUUAAAUCAGCCCAUAAAAUUGCCAAGAGAUAUUCUUCCAUCCCUCAGAUGUGGUCCAGGUGUCUGCUGCGUCACUGUUAUGGACUGUGGUUUAUUUGUCUCCCAGCUUAUGUCAAAGUAUGUCAUUCAAAAGUCAGAGCUCUGAAAACAGCAUAUGAUGUACUAAAAAAAAUGCAGUCAAAGAAGAUGGAUCCACCUGAUGAGGUGUGCUACCGCAUUCUUAUGCAGCUCUGUGGACAAUAUGAUCAGCCAGUGCUUGCAGUGCGAGUGCUUUUUGAAAUGCAUAAAGCUGGUAUUGACCCCAAUGCCAUUACUUAUGGUUAUUAUAAUAAGGCUGUUUUGGAAAGUACCUGGCCUUCAAGAAGUCGUAGUGGCUAUUUUCUUUGGACAAAAGUAAGAAAUGUUGUUUUAGGAGUAGCACAGUUCAAAAGAGCUUUAAAGAAACAUGCACAUUUAUCACAAACAACUCUCUCAGGUGGCCAGUCUUAUCUGGGAUAUGAUUCAUUGUCUAAGGAUGAAGUUAGAAGAGGGGAUAUAGCUACUGAGGACAUUCCAGAAGAAAAAGAUAAAAAAGGGAGUGAUUCUGGUUCCUUGUCAGAGAGCGAGAGUACAAAAGGAAGUGUUGAUUGUCUUCCUAAGCUCAAUUUUCAAAGUUCUUCCAGUAUUGUUCGCCUCAGUGGUACAGGUGACAACAGUGCUCAUAAAAUACCAGGAGAAAACACAGAAAGCACACGUGAACUGCUCUUAAUAUCAUCUCUUGAGGAUACAAAUGAAACAGGAAACAUUGAAAGUAGAUGCUUCAGGAAAAGACAUAAAAGUGACAAUGAUUCUAAUUUGCAGCAGCAAAUGGCCUGGGGAAAUAGAAACCGUAAUCUUAGUGGAGGGGUACUGAUGGGAUUUAUGCUCAACAGAAUUAAUCAAAAAGCAAAUCCUGGAGAUAUAGUUGAAAAAUUAGGAGCUGAUGCAAAAAUUCUUUCAAAUGUUAUCUCAAGAAGCACAAGACCAAAUAGUCUUGAUAUUGGAAAGCCACCUUUAAGAUCAAAAAGAGACAGUCUAGAAAAGGAAUCUAGUGAUGAUGAUACACCUUUUGAUGGUUCUAAUUGCUUGGCUGAUAAAGUGGAUUCUCCUGUUAUUUUUGAUUUAGAAGAUUUAGACAAUGAAACAGAUGGAUCAAAAGUAGGAUAUGUUGCAACACAAAAUUCCAAGAGAAUUCAACGAAUGAACAGCAACUUCUCAGCAAAACCUUCUGAAAAAACUGAUGUUGCAACAGGAUUUGAUCCCCUCUCUCUUUUAGUUGCUGAGACUGAACAGCAGCAAAAAGAAGAGGAAGAGGAGGAUGAAGAUGAUAGCAAAAGCAUUUCGACACCAUCUGCAAGGCGUGAUUUAGCUGAAGAAAUUGUGAUGUAUAUGAAUAACAUGAGCAGUCCUUUGACAAGUCGAACACCAAGCAUUGACUUACAAAGGGCUUGUGAUGAUAAAUUAAACAAUAAGAAAAGCCCAACCUUGGCCAAGGCUUGCAGAAGAUCUAGCCUACCUCCCAAUUCUCCUAGGCCAGUGAGACUCACCAAAUCUAAAAGUUACACAAAAAGUGAGGAAAGACCGAGGGAUAGACUGUGGUCUUCUCCAGCCUUCUCACCUACUUGCCCAUUUAGAGAAGAAUCUCAAGAUACAUUAACCCAUUCAUCACCCUCAUUUAAUUUAGAUACGCUACUGGUACCUAAAUUAGAUGUUCUAAGGAAUAGUAUGUUCACUGCUGGAAAAGGAGUUGCAGAGAAAGCAAGCAAGUGGUAUUCAAGAUUCACCAUGUAUACCUCAUCCUCUAAGGAUCAAAGUUCUGACCGUACCAGUCUUUCUUCAGUGGGAGCCCAGGAUUCUGAAUCUACCUCUUUGACAGAUGAAGAGGUCUGCCAUGAGCUGGAAGGAGCCUCUUCCUCCCAAGAGAGCAGUGCCACGUCAGGGACCAAGGGGAUUGACCUUAGCCGAACAAGUCUGGAAAGUUCUGCCUCCUUAGAAGGCCAUAGCAGGGAGCUGGAUCAGAAGUGGAGCAGUGGGAACAUGAACCAGCACCCACAUGGGAUGCUGGCACCACAGCAGGGGUCUCACCCACUACACCACAACACCGACCUCCAGGGACUCAGCCACUUGAGCCAUCACCUGCUGCCUCCCACACAUAGCAGGAAGCUAGAAUUGGAAGGAUCCCUGUCAAAGUUUGCGUUACCUGGGAAAUCGGAAGUGACAUCUUCAUUCAACAUGAGUAAUACAAAUAUCUUCCAGAACUAUGCAAUGGAGGUUCUCAUCUCAAGUUGUUCUCGGUGUAGAACUUGUGAUUGUCUUGUCCAUGAUGAAGAAAUCAUGGCUGGCUGGACAGCAGAUGAUUCAAAUCUCAAUACUACGUGCCCAUUCUGUGGCAAUCUUUUCUUGCCCUUUCUGAAUAUUGAAAUCAGAGAUUUAAGACGACCUGGAAGAUACUUUUUGAAGUCAAGCCCAUCUACAGAAAAUAUUCACUUUCCAUCCUCCUUUUCAAGUCAAACAAGGCGGUCUUGCAUUUCAACAUCAGCCUCUGGUCUUGAUACAUCUGCUGUCGAUGUUCAAGGGAAUUUUGAUCUAAACAGUAAAUCUAAACUGCAGGAAGAUUCCUGUGCUCGAAGUAUUCAGAUCCCUGCUAAUAGAUCAAAAACAACCAUGUCAAAAUGUCCAGUAUUUCCAAUGGCCCGAAGCAUUAGUACUUAUGGCCCCUUGGAUAAGGAAGAUACCGGAGGACAGAAACUCAUUCCUACAGGCAGCCUGCCAGCUACUUUACAAGGAGCUACAGAUUCUUUAGGAUUAGAAUGGCACCUUCCAAGUCCAGAUCCUGUCACUGUUCCAUAUCUUAGUCCUUUAGUGGUCUGGAAGGAACUGGAAAGCUUACUGGAAAAUGAAGGCGAUCAUGCGAUAGCAGUGGCAGACUUUGUGGACCAUCACCCCAUUGUGUUUUGGAACCUUGUGUGGUAUUUCAGACGCCUUGACUUGCCCAGUAACUUACCUGGAUUGAUUCUUUCUUCUGAGCAUUGUAACAAGUAUUCAAAGAUUCCCCGCCACUGUAUGUCUGAAGAUAGUAAACAUGUUUUGAUACAGAUGUUGUGGGACAAUAUGAAGUUACAUCAGGAUCCAGGACAGCCCUUGUACAUCCUCUGGAAUGCUCACAGUCAAAAUCGUACUCUUUUGUUUGAGACCCAAAAGUAUCCCAUGGUCCAUUUAUUACAAAAGAGUGAUAGCUCAUUUAACCAAGAGCUAUUGAAAAGUAUAGUUAAAAGCAUUAAAAUGAAUGACGUCUAUGGCCCAAUGAGUCAGAUUUUAGAGACACUGAGUAAGUGUCCACACUUUAAAAGACAGAGGAGUUUAUACAGAGAAAUACUAUUUCUCUCACUUGUGGCACUGGGAAGAGAAAACAUUGACAUAGAUGCAUUUGAUAAGGAGUACAAGAUGGCAUAUGACCGUCUGACACCUAGUCAAGUCAGGAGCACACACAACUGUGACAGACCACCAAGCACAGGGGUGAUGGAGUGUCGGAAAACCUUUGGAGAGCCUUAUCUUUAAGACGUGUGUGUGUGUGUGUGUGUGUGUGAGAACACUCAAUAUAUAUGUACAGUUGGUGUAUAAAGGAACGCUUUUGAACUCUAAACUUUUUUCUUCAAUCUUUGAGAACGCUUUUGUAAAUGGUUCAGAAGGCUCAGGUGGUUUCUGUACAGAUGUUUUGAGGAGAGACUGUGACCACUAAGGAGAGAGCCACUUGGUUCCCCAGUUCUUUUUUUUUUCCCCCCUUUAACUCUCCUAUAAUAAAUAAUUAAGUAUUUUUGUGAUGAGGAAACCCCUAAAGGAAAUUAGUUGCCAUAAAAUAGACAACUCUGUUAUGGUUUCUCUUGAAAGAGAUGGGAAAGUCAGGUAUGGAACCUCAGCAGAAAUGUGAGAUCAAAGUAUCUCCUGUUUUUCAUAGCCUAUUCAGAUAUUUUGACCAUGAAGUUGUAUUAUACAUAUUUUAAAUUGUUUAUAGUAAGUUGAUAUUUUUUUAAUUUUUAAAUUUAAUAUAGCAAACUUAAAAUGAACUUAAACUUACAAAACAAGCAUUUAUUUUCCUUGUCUGCUGCUAUUUGAAGUAAUUAAUUAGUACAGCUGCAGAUCUCUCUAUAUGUAUAUAUAUCUAUCUAUAUAUUUUUUAUUACUUGGGAGAAUGAAUUUUAAAACGUCAGUGCUAGUGUCGGUGUUGUUCUAGGAUUGCUUGUUAGUACCCUAAGCCCGACUGCGCUGAGUCAUGGCAGGCUUAGUAUGCACCGCCUGCCUGACUCACUGAGCCUGUGAAAGGAGAGCCAGGCUGCAAAAUUUUCUCUACUGAUAAUAAAUACAUACCAUCCACAGGGAGAAGAACAGCUCCCAAAUCCAAGUAGUGAUUUAAAUUUUAAUAUUCUACAUAAAAACCUACACUGCUACACUGGGAAAUAAGACAGUUGACUCUAUUCCAAAUUUUACUCUUGUUUUAAUGUCUAAAAUACUGGGUAUGACACAAAUUGUACUAUAAAAUAUUUAUCUGAAAUAUGAUUUAUGGAAGUAUUCUGUUAAUACUAUAUAUAAAUAUUAAAAAUAUUUUUUUUCAAAAACAGACAGUAAUAACCCUCUAAAAGUAUACAUCCUGAUAGAAUUUCCCAUAUUGAGGAACUUAAUUAUUUUUUAACAAACCUCAGAAUCUGAAGUUUGUAGAACCUGAAUGCAGAAAUUUCCAGAAAUCAGACAAUAAGUUGUUUAAACAUCAUGAGUAUUAAAUACUUUUUUAAAAAUUUUA